UAUACAUUGCGAACGGAUUAAAAGUAAAUCACGACGCGAUCGCAUCAAAUAGGAAGAUAUUAAUCAAAGCAUCAUCUUCGAGGAAAUCGAAGAUUGAGGUGAAAGCGGUGUUCAAGUGCAUCCAGUGCAAAUGGCGGUUGAGAUCUUGGAAAUUGCUUCGUAAACAUAUGCAGCGAUAUUUGCUGAGUUAUAUUAAUUAUAUUAUAUUAAUUUACAAGAAAAGAGGCCUUUAACAUUGUAUAUAAAUAGAUCAUUAUAUAAGUUGGAUUCAUAAAAAUAAGAAUAUCAGAGGAUUUUAUUUUCUUCUGUUGAAAAUAUUGAAUAUUAUUGAUGUAAUAAUGAAAGUUUGAUUAAUACUCGUUGUAGAUUAAGCGAAAGAAGAAAUAUUUGUAAUAGUUGUAGGUAUACGCGAUCAGGGAUUUAUUGUAAGUACAAAAUAAACGAUAGUAAGUAUUUAUCGUUUUUAUUAAAGUAAUAUAUAUAAUAUAUUAUUAUUAUAUCUUAUAAAUUUUUUUGUAUUAUUAACAUAAGAAUUACAAUAUUAUGGUAAUUUGAAAAUGAUAUGCAGUGUCCUAUGUAAGUAUUGUAAUUGCAUACAUAUACAUAUUGCAUAAUUUUUGCAUCAAUGUUUUUAAAAAUAUUAAUCUUUGACAAAUAUUUAGAACUGAACAACAUUUGGAUGAAAAUUAAAAGUUAAAAAAAUAACAGUGAUAAUGGUGAUAAAUAUUCUGAAGAAUAGAAUUCUAAUAUAUUCAAAUAUAAAAUUUAAAAGUUUACUUCUUACUUCUUUCAGGAAAUCAACGCAGCGUUUAACAUCGAAGAGCAAAGCCAUCGCUGGUAAUCAAACGAGAAACCAAUUAAAAUCCUCGUACAAAUCGUCAAGCAUCCUACAAAGAAGAAUCCUGUUCCGAGCAUCGAAAAAUCGAAAACGCAGAAGCAACAGGCGUUUGAACAACUCUUCUAGUCGCAUUGAAACGAAAAAUAUUCCCGCCAAUUGUACAAAUUUCAAACAAGGGAAAAUAAAGGAGGAGAAAAGAGCAAACAAUUGUUCGGAAAAAUUGAAAAAUAACGAGAAUUGUUCGCAGCAGGAUCAUUUGUACAAAAAACUCCACGAUGGCACGUAUACCUGCGACAUUUGCCAAACCACUUUCGAACAGAAGAGCAAGAUCCUCCGCCAUAUUACCAGCAAACACAGCUUCCAUCGACCGUUCAAGUGUUCAACUUGCGACAAAACGUUCAAGUAUAAUUGCGACUUGAAGGCCCAUCGGUUGGUCCAUCAAGAUAUCGAUUCCAGUUUGUUGCAUUGCUGCGACAAGUGCGAUUACCGCACGAAAACAAAGAACAAUCUCAAGUCUCACUACAUCAGAAGGCAUACCGAUGAUUACAAAUUCGCCUGUGAACAUUGCGGAAAACGUUUCAAGAUGGAGUGGGAUUUGAAGUUUCAUAUCGGGACGCACAGCAAUUCUCAGCACAUGUGCGACAUCUGUGGAAAAUUUUACACGAGCAAUUAUUCGUUGUACAAGCACAGAAAGGUGGCGCAUCUGAACGAGUACAAGUUCCAAUGUAACGUUUGCAACAAGAGGCUGUUGACGCAAGAGAAUUUGGACAAUCACAUGCAACAACACAGUAGAACGUACGAAUGCAAAGAGUGUGGAAAGGUGUUCGCCUCGAAGAGGUAUCUGGCGACGCACACGACUACUCACACAGGUGUGAAACCGUACACGUGUAACAUCUGCAAGAAGAACUUCAGAACGUCUCAUAUGAGGAAUACUCAUCUAUUGACCCAUUCUGCGGAAAGGCCGCAUAUUUGUGAUCUCUGUGGACAAUCUUUUAAGAGGAGAUAUUACAUGAUAGAGCAUCGAAGAAAGCAUCCUGAUGCUCAUCUGUCCUCGCCUCCUGUGCCUCUUGGAAAGAGAAAAAGUGUCGUCGAAUUGGGAGCUAAUACCGUUGCUGACUUCCAAUCAGAGAUUUCUUUGUAACAUAAUAAUAUAUUUUAUUAGAUUUCGCAAUAAGUUUAUCUCUAAUAAGCUUUUGUACUUGUAUCUGUCUAUGUUUUAAAUAUCUUGUACCAUUUUAAUCUAUGUUUUGAAGGAACUUAUGCUAUAUAUAUAUAUAUAAAUCGAUCUAAGAUCUGAGAAACGUAAAGUGCGUGAUAAAUUAUAAUAACAGAACAAUGUAAUAUUUUUAAAUCUUAAAAAAAUGUAAAAGAAUAAUUAAUAUUAACUAUAUAGAAGACUGUAAAACAGUCUUGUAUGUAUAGAUUAAAGUUCAUAAAACAUGAGGAAUAUUUUCAAAAUAA